GUGAGAGUGAACACCACCAUCGCAUGUGUAAACUUUAUUCUCUGUGAAUGAAAACAUCAUAAGGUCGCAGCCAUGGAGUGCCUCAAAGACUGCUGCAAGAACUUCAUGAAGAAGAAGGGGAAGGAGCAAGAGACCCAAGUGAUCGCUCUGAAGAUGCCUCCUAACAAGGCAGCAGCAUCAGGGUGGGAGCCGGAAGGGAGGAGGGGGCUCACAGAAGAUUACCUCCUGUCCAAGCUGCCACCGGAUGGCAGAGAGGUGCCGUUUGUCCUGCCGACAUUCAGGGCAUCCUACGUCCAACCCAGAGGCUCCCGCUACCCCAAUUUACAGUCUGGGCCGCAGAGUUCAGCCCGGUGCACGUAUGCAGAGAGGAAGGCAGAGUUGCUGGGGUCCAGUCAAAUGUCCUACAGCCCAGAGUCCAGCUUCCAUCAGGUGCAGCUGGUUGAGUACUUUUCCCCUGGAUCGACCCGCCGUGACACACUGAAGAAAAGAGUCUCCAGUCCUCAGAGUCCAGGUUGGUCUCUGAAACCGGGUGUCGAGCAGCGACUGAGCAGCUCCAUGUUUGAUCUGUCCAGCCCUCAGCUUCACAUGCAGCGCUUUGAUUCCGUCUCCAGCGUCCUCAGCAGUACGUCCUCCAGGAUUGGCUCCAUUGAAAGCAGCCUGGACUCCAUCACUCUGUCUGGGGACGAGCGUGAGCUAGGGAAAGUGUGCGUCCGACUGAGCUACCAGGAGGCUCUGGAGCAGGUGUGGAUCACUGUGGUUCAGUGUUCAGACCUCAACGUUGUUCCGGAAGGAGUGGAACAACAAAAGAUUGGAUUUAAAGGGAUCAUCACCAUUCCCAAACCGAUACAGUUCAAGAGCUCAGUCAAGGAGUACCGUCAGGAUAUGCCCUUCAUGGAGACCUUCGUGUUUGCGCUGCGUCUCCAGCAGUUGCGCUGCAGUGCUUUGGUGCUGCGGCUGCAGACACACAUCCCCAAGAAGCGUACGGUGGCGGAGUGCGUCCUCUCGCUAAGAGAGCUUGGUCCUCAGGAGACAGACCACUGGCUCGAGCUCAGCCCUCCGUCCAAAUCAUCUGUGUGCCACUCUGAGCUGCAUCUCACCACCUGCUUUCAGCCAGUCAACGGACGCAUCCAGCUCCAGGUCCUCGCCGCCCAAAACCUCCCACCAUCCUCUUCACCACUCACACAAGCAUUUUUCGUCAAAGUGGAGAUGCACCAGUCGGGGCGGGUGGUGAUGAAGAAGAAGACUCGCAUCCUGAAGGCCUCAGGGAGCCAGUGUAAGUGGGCGGAGACAUUUCACUUCCUGCUGAUUACGUUAGAUGAUGCCUGCUCGCUGACAGUCAAACUCUACAGCCGCAGCUCAGUCAGGAGGAAACAGUGUCUUGGACAGGUUCAGCUGGGAUUCGACAGCCCUAUCCCAGAAGCAGUGGAGCAGUGGAAGGACUCGAUGGCUCACCCAGAGAAGGUGGUGUCUGCAUGGCACAGGCUGAGUGCUGUCUAAACCUUCUCUCAUAACGUCUACUGUACGUGCUACAGACGUGAUGUUUUCGUGCUGCAGGUCCAGCUGUGCCCGCUUGGUUUUCCAGUCGGCCGGCCACACUCUUGUACUGAGUCGACUCUGACGGACUGGACUGUAAACCACAGAACAUUCUCUGAAUGCCCUGAAAGACCAGAUUUCCACUGUCCAGGUGCUCGGUUGUAAAUAGGGGUUUCGAACAAAGUGUAAUUGCUGGAAGAACUGUUUUCUGUGUUUUUUGAGUAGAUGAAACUAAGGUUUUUUUCUUGACCAAAAAGUAGAGCAUUUGCCAAACUGAGAGAAAGUUAGCUGCAGUGCAAUUAGUUGUAUAUAAUGCUAUAUUUUGUAUCAUGCUUUUUAGUGAAAACCUUGUCACUCUGUUUCUGUUGGAUAGAAAGUUUACAAGCAGAGAAAGUCAGCAUUAAGACAGACUCACUAUGUUAAAAACUUCACGUUAUCAGUCUGUAAUUAAGACUGGAGAUAUUCUACAUUUUUCUUAAUGUCAACAAACCCAUAAAAAGAUCAAAACUAACUCUAUUUUAGUCUUUUUCAAGGUACUUUCCGACUUUCCUGUCUUGGGUUUACAGGUUAAUCCCUUUGGUUCCUUACUAAAGAUGUAAAUCUUUAAAAACGAGUCACGACUCAACACUUACUUACUUCCAACUCUUUAAAUACCAGUGCUUGGUCAGUGGCCUGAGGCUUCAGUCUACAGCAGGAUUUCUAUUUGUGUGUCAGCUCUAUGUAGAACCUACGCACGUGGCCUACGCCAUUGUGAGCAUUUAUACUUGUGCAGUGGUGUGUCCGUAUCACACAAGUACACAAAUCAGCUUCACUAUAACUCGCAGCAUUCACAGACAAAGCAUUUGUCUUUUGCUGGACACAUUUUCCCCACAAAUACAACAUGCUAGCAUUAUUAGCAUUAGCCUAUGGCAUUUUGCAUUGUAUAAAUAAGCUUAGCAGCUAGUGUUUUUUUUCCUCUUCUCAUAUAAAACCAGGGGCUACAGCAACAUUUAACAAAGGUAACGUUACAAAACUUGGCUCCAUUACAGCUCACAAGGUUCACCAACAAAACAUCUGUCUUAUACUAAACAUGUUUUCCAAACAAAUACAACAAGCUAACGGUAUUAGCACAAGCCUAUAGCAUUUAAAUUAUAAAUUAGCCUAGCGGCUAGCGGCCUUUUCCUCUACCACACCAAAACUACUUUAGAUGAGUGCAGCAAAAGUACUUUGUUAAGUUUCGGAAAAGAUCAUGGUUUGGAUUAAAAUGAGACUGACUUUUGGUUUCACACAGAACAUUAACAUCAAACUCCUGGGUAAAAGUCCUGUGUGUUUGACCUAUCGAUGCAUCCUGACAUCUUUCCUACAGGAACUUCCUCUCUCUUUAUACUACGUCAUUAUCGCCUAUGGGCUUACUUUGGAGUUAAUGUAAAGCCCAGUGCAUCUCAUACAAACGCUAAAGGGUGUCCUGCACAUCAAUAUUAGAUGCUAAGGGCUGUGACAAAGCAUAGUUAUUUGACAAUUUGGGAGUGAGAACAAGUUUCAUAAAUACAUAUCAGUAGUUUUACAUUUUUUUAAAAAGGUUCUGUAGUUUUCAGCAAACAUUACUUAAACUCGGCACAAGUGAUUUUUUUUUCUUUUUUUGUGGUUAGGUUUGAUUCAUUGUUGGUUUUGGUCUUUUCAUGGUAUUUGUUGGCAAUAAGAGAAAUCACUCUGCUUAUCCUCUAUGUCCCUAAAAGGUUUUCCCUUACCCUAAUUUAACUAUGUAGGAUGUCAUGUUACUGUAAAAAACGGCAGUAUCAAACCUUAGCUGUACGCUUUUGAUAAAAGCACUUUAAUUUUUUGUAAUGUAUUUAUUGUAUUAAUGUUAAACUUUAGUGAUUAAAAAUAGGUGUCAUUUGAAAGUUUGGUUUGUGUUUUCAUUGAAGCAACGAAAGACAUGAAGACAACACUACUGGAAAAUAAAAUGUUUGAGCAUUUGUCUUUAGGUGACAUCUUGUUUCAGCAAAAUCUGAUAAAAGAAGAGGAUCGCUUCAAGUUUGUACAGUAAUUCUGGGAUUUUAUGUGAAAUGUAAAUGACAGUAAGAAAACAGGCCAUAGUCCUCAGCGUGUACUUGAGUGUCACGUCUGUAAAAUAGGUCAACAACCAUAAAGCAAAGUGUCACUGUGUCACUUUUUAUUGAAGAGGCCCCUGGUUGAGAAAUCUCAAGGCAAACAGCAAGAGAAUCUGUCACGUUCCUUCUCCUGCUCCUGACUCUGGAACAUCCUGUUUUUCAAUUUGACCCUUCAUUAUAAAGGCAAUUUAAUGUCCCUUCAGUGUGUGGGCAAUCUCAAUCUAAUCCUCAGUGUCUGAGGGGGAACUGUGCAGAAAAGAACACUUGUCAUUCAUGGGAAGAAUCAAAACAAUUUCCUUUGAAAAGGUGAGUUUCUUCUCAGUUAAAUGUGUCCGUGUUUUGAAAAUUGCAAUGCCUUCACUUACAAAACACUCUUUUACAAAAGAAAAAAACCAACAAAAAAAGAUAAUUAUUAAGUGAAUGUGUGACAUUUCAGGGUGUGUAACCAUCUUUACUAUUCAAACAAUCAUUUGGAACAUAUAGUAACAUUUCUGACAGGCAAAUUUGGGAUUUAAGUCCUCAUGUUUAUCACCUCAGAGGGAAUCCUGGCUCCUCUUCAGUCUCAUAAAGCACAAGAUUUACUGGCAACAUCCUCUGUGUAACCAGCUGUAGACGUGGACACGCAAACACACACCCAGUGAACAAUAAGUCUGUGGACCAAGAAAACACAGUCCGGCGAGUGUUUGUGUUUAAAAUGUGUGUGACCAGGACAACUGGGUGUCCCACGUGAGCUGACCUGCGUCAGAGCCCUUCACAUCCUGGCGUGCCAAAACACCAUCAUCUUUAUUUUACGUAAUUAAUGUUUGAUUUAUGGUUAAUGUUACACAGAGGGCAUUCCAGACACACCUUAACCUGUGACUUGACUACACACUCAACUUAGAGGAGUGUGUUUGACUUUGACUCAAGAAAGGUGCUCGACUCUCACAAGCAGGAUUUUGGGUUAUUGUUCCUUUAUGUGCCGAACAGAUUCUUUUCCUGACAGUCAGUUGGCAGGAUGCCGAGCUGAGUCUGCCACACAUUCCAGUUGUCUCAUAACCACAUGCUUG